AAAUCAGUGGAUCAGCAAGGGCAAGAGGCCAAAGAAAAUCCUACCUCUUCUAAUGUUGCAAAGGGUGUUGAAAAUGCUGAACCCGCUUCCCUGGGCUUAGUAAACAGUUCCAAUAUUAUACAGCCAGGAUUGGCUGUGCCAUCUUCAUCUCCUGCAUCUGGUGACAUAAGUAAGAGUGGUUCGGUUGAUUCAGGCUGUGAUCUGUACCAUGGAAAAUGGGUACAUGAUUCAACUGGACCAUUAUACACAAAUGAUUCAUGCCCUGUGCUGACACAGACACAGAACUGCCAGGGAAAUGGGAGGCCAGACAAAGACUAUGAAAAUUGGCGAUGGCAACCCGACAAGUGUGACCUUCCAAGAUUUGAUUCUAAAAAAUUUCUAGAGUUGAUGAGAGGGAAGACAUUAGCUUUCAUCGGUGACUCACUUGCUCGGAACCAGAUGGAAUCACUGUUGUGCAUCCUUUGGCAGGCAAGUAUAAAAACUUUCUAUAGUGAUAUAACUAUACGAAAGGAAUGCUGCUCCAAACUGGUGUUUGCUAGUUUGAUAAGGUGGCCAAUGCCCCAACCAUAUCCUGAGAGGAUUUUCUCUGUAUAUUCCACAAUUUGCAUAUGUGAAUUACAAAAUUUCCUUUCAGGUAAUCUUUUCAUUAGAUUUCUUGAAAUAUUUGUUUUUUUAAGAGGAAAGAGUUUUACAUAUAGCUUGCCCAUUUUGGAUUUACAAGUGGGACAAUAUUGUAAAAGAUUCACAGGGUUGCUUAUUCCAGUUUUGAUUAUUGGACUGCAAGGUGUUUCUUUGGGAGAGAUCCUCUCAAUAUUGAAAAUGGGUAUCAGCAUAUGUUAUUUCAUGAUUCUGCGAUUCUUUCAGAUCGAAGUUCCAAAAUACCGUGGGAACAGAAGAAUGCAUCAUUACUAUUUCAGGUCAACGUCUACAAUGAUUGUCCGAAAAUGGUCCGCAUGGCUUGUCCAUACAACACCUGAGCCAUUUGAUUUUAUUCCGAAGGGUGUGGAUAAGCUCCACCUUGAUGCUCCUGAUGAGCGCUUCAUGGAAUUCAUCCCAAAUUUUGAUGUGAUUGUCCUUUCAUCUGGCCACUGGUUUGGGAAGCAAUCGGUCUAUAUCUUGAACAAUGAGAUUGUGGGAGGACAGUUCAGGUGGCCAGACAAGAAAUGUCCAACGAAAGUUAACCACAUUGAGGCUUUUGGAAUAUCUGUUGAAACAAUUCUCACUGCCCUUGCUACACAUCCAAAUUACACUGGUCUAACCAUUGUGCGUUCUUUUUCCCCUCAUCAUUAUGAGCGUGGGGAAUGGAAUACAGGAGGGUCGUGCACAGGAAAGGUAAAGCCCGCUUUAGAUAGUGAAUUAGUGGAAAAUGGAUAUACAAAUAUAAUGCACGAGAAACCGGUGGCAGGCUUUGAAUGUGCGAUCAAAAAGAUGACAAACAAAUCAAAACUGAAGUUUAUGGACAUCACAGGAGUCUUUGCAUACCGCCAUGAUGGGCAUCCAGGCCCAUAUAGGAGCACCGACCCAAAUAAGAUCACCAAACGUGGCCCCAAUGGGAUGCCCCCACCACAAGAUUGCUUACACUGGUGUAUGCCAGGUCCGGUUGAUACAUGGAAUGAGCUGAUGCUUGAAAUAAUUAGCAGAGAAUUUGAGGGUAACCAGAGCCUUCGUUCCUGAGUCAUACACUUGUAUGUUGCAAACUAAUCAUCAUUUGUCUGUCCGAAAAACUAGUAAGUUAUGGCUAGGUGAGUGUUAUCCCAGUCUGUGAAUAACAAGCUUAUUUUGUUGUUAAAUUAUAAAAAUGUCAAAUUGUAUUAGCAGACAUCUUUACUUCCAUUCCUUUUUCAGCUCCAUCAAUGUA